UUUAAACAGGAAGUGUCUGUUUUAGAUUACACCGAAUAGCAGUUUUUUUAUUAAUGUGUCAGUAUGGGGUCCGGUGCACUGCCUCUCAUUCUCCUGCUGAUGUCCUUCAUCCGCGCUGGACUCACUCAAGAGAGACCAAAACCUGUAUUGAAGGUGACUCCAGAUCAGCGUGUGUUCAGAGGAGAGACAGUCACUCUCACAUGUGACAUACAGCCAGCAGGAGACAUUCAGUGGAGAUACAGCUGGUUUAAAGAUGGAAACACUCGCAGUCCAUACACAACAACAACAGCAGAGUUCAGUUUCACAGCUUCUGUGUCUGAUAGCGGUGAAUACAGCUGUAGAGGAGAGAGAUCAGACUCACAGAGAUCAGACAUCAGUGCUGCUGUUACACUGACUGUAUCAGAUUUACCCACAUCUACACUGACUGUGACACCAGACAGUCCUGUAUUCACUGGAGAGACAGUCAAUCUGACCUGUGUUAUAGAGUCUCACAGUGACUGGAGACAGAGAAAUGGACUGACAAAUGACAGGAGAUUUGACAGGAGAGAUGGCUGGACAGAUGACUGGAGAUAUGUGUGGUAUAAAGACAGUGUAAUGUUACAGACGUCUGAUCGUUACACUAUAAACAGAGACACUCUCACUAUCAGAGGAGCUACUGAGUCUGAUCAGGGUCAGUACUGGUGUGGAGGACAGAGAGAUAAAAGGCCAUCAUCCUCACAUUUAAGCUCCGUUUCUCUCUCUGUGAAAGCAGCUUCAUCUCUUCUUCUGGUCGCUGGAGUGGUUGUGGGAUUGUUGUGCUUGUUGAUCUUCAUCUCACUGCUGCUGCUGCUGUGGAGAUACAAGAAGAACAAAGAUCAGCAGCGUAACAUUAACCAGACAUCAGUCCCAAAUCAAUCUGGAGAAUCUCAACCAGAAAACUCUCCUCUACAGUCUGCAGAUCCUGAUCACAUUUAUGAUGACGUGACUGAAGUGAAGAAGAGACACAAAGAUGAUCCAGAGUUAUAUUUGGAGGUCAUAUAUUCAGAGGUCACUGUUCAGAAAGAGAUAUCUGUGGAUAAAGAUGAUCCUGUGGCAGAGUCAAAUGAAGUGACAUACUCAGAAGUCAGAACAAAAGUAAAGAAAUGCAAAAGCAAAGGUGUGCAAAAUUAUGAACAUUUUAAUUUUGGGGGUGAACUAUUUCUUUUAGUAUUAAACAUCAUGCACCGUUUCUGCUACAGAUCAGAAUGACUUCUAAAGCUGUGUGUCUCAUUGAGGAAAUAUAUAAAUCUUACAUUUUAUCAUUAUUUUAUUAUUGAUGAUUUGUGUUCUUCAGAUGCUGAUGCUGGAGUUGGUGAUGCAACUUAUGCUCUUAUUAGGAAGAAGGGUAACCAAAAAUAAAAUAAAACAAUAAUUCUGUUAUAAUUGUACAAUAAUUUUAUAAUAACUGACAGCAAGCUCACAUUUUACACUUGUUGUCAAUAUAAAAUAUAGAAUAAAUAGUAUAAAAUAUUAAAGUGUAAUUGGCCUUAGGUUGAUAGUUAAAUCUGUUUUUGUUGUUUUGUUUUACAAAAUAAUGCUUGUGUUUUUGCCAAGUCAUUAGUCUUUUCUUUUCUUUAGUUUUUUUACAUAUCCACAUACUGCUUUUUACAUUCAUAUAUUUUUCAUUCUUUUUUUGCAGUUAAUGAAGUGUGAGUUGUAUAUUUAAUAGAUAAAAAUACGAACAAAAUCAAAACCAAACAUCAGUAUGUUUUAUAGCUUUUCUAAUCUUUUUGUAUUCUGUUUGUUUUCUUAUUUAUUUAUUAUACAAUUAACAAAAGCAAAAAAGGCCUCUUAACACUAGCUUGCUCUAUUCUUUUUCUAUUCUAUCUGUUUUCAUUUUAUUUAUUAUAUGAAAAAAAAAACUAAACAAAAACCUUGCUAUAUGUACUGUGUUAAACUAACUGAGACGUGUUAAAGCACUUGCGUAUCAUUGCUCUUUUGCUGGUUUUGAUUGCUUCUAUUGUCUUCAUCUGUAAGUCACUUUGGAUAAAAUCGUCUGCUAAAUGACUAAAUGUAAAUGUAAAUGUUUUCUUUGCAUGAGUUUUUCACAAUUGUUAAUCUACUGCCAUUUUAAAAAUAGGUUAAAGUAAUUCCAGAUUAGAAACAAGUCAGCCUUUUGCUUUGACUGUAGAACAAUUUUAAUUAUUAUUAUUUUUUUUUUUUGAGGACGUGGAUUGAUUAUGCAGUUAUUGUUAUGAACAAAAUAAAGCACCAUAUGUUGGACAGUUGACCAUUAGAGUAAUGUCUGUUUCCUGAGCUGGAGGACAUGUUUGUGUCUUCAGCAUCUUUUACCAGAUAUGAGUCAUGAACAUCAGACACUGAUGAGGAAACAUGAAUGAACACUUCUAUGAGAUCACCUCGUGGAGUCAGUCAGAGUCCAGCACAUUAUGAUGAGAAUCCUGCAGUUGAUUCCUGAAGCGCACCUGACUUAUAUCUUCAUGACAAGUAGAGAUGAUCAGCAUCGUCUUUCUACAAAAAACAACUAGAAGCAAUAGAAUUAUUUCAAGCAGACUUUCAGACUUUAAACAGAAAUUCAAAUUCUUAAAUUAAGAUGCAUGAUAAACAAACCAAAGCAUAGCAGAAGAAUAUCAUCAGCUCUGAUGUGUUGUAAAGUGAUGAUACACUCAUUCACCGCAGGACAAUUACACAAGCUACAGAAAUUAAUUAUAUUAUUAAAGUAUAUAAAAGCAUGUAAAAGUUCAGAGUUCAAACUUGAACAAGAAAAAAAAAAUAGAAAUAGAAUUGAAAACAAGUAUUUUUAAAUGAAUGGACAGAAGAGAAAAGAGACGAUUCCUGGAUUGUUUGUUUUUGAAGGGAGUGCAUCCUCCGAUCUACAUAAAUGUGUUUAUGUUCACGAGAAUCAUUCGUGAUCAAGCUUCACCUCCAGAAGAAGUGAGUAUGAGGUUAUUUUAUGAAUCUUUCCUAAUAAUGUGCUACUUAGCAAGUUCCGUGGCUAAUGUAAACAGUCAGUGUUGGCAACACAGUUAUUUAACAAUAUGUUGAGUAACAUUUGUACAAUCUUCAGUUACAACCGGCACAUUUGAUGGCAGCCGUAAUGUUGAAGUGGCCCUCAGUGAAAAUGAGUUUGACCCCCUGUAGAGUGUGUGGAAGCACAAUAAAAUUCAUCUUCUGAGUCCAUUUUCUAAUUUUUUGUUGAUUUUAAAUUGAAUGAAGUUUGAGUGUGAGUUCAUGUUUUCUCAGUAUGUAGAACAGCAUGGAGCUCUUGGUUUCUGAGAAACUAAUAAAAAGAUUUAAGACAGAACAAGCACUGAAUUAGGCUAAAUAUCCAAAUAUUUCAAAUAUAUAGAUAGUUUUGGUCAUUGUUGAACAUUUUAAGUCAAAUAUAUAUGAAGAUUUUACGUCAUCUUGAGGCCCUCGUUCAUGUUUGCUGAGGCCCCUAGUGGCCCCUGGUUCAGAAUCGCUGAUCUAAACAUUUGUGUAGUGUCAUAUGUGUAGUGUUCAGUUAAUUGUUGAAUCCUAUCUAGUGUUUUGUAAUAUCUGAAGUGUUCCUGCAGCUCAAACAGUACAGCAUGGCACUAGAGAUGACAAGCUCCUGAGUUCAGUUUCCAGGGAAUACAUGAACCAGUGAAGCGCAUGCACUCACAGCAGCAGCAGAAGUGAGGGGAAACAGUGACAGAGCGCACAGGGCCCAGAGGUCUGUUUUACACAGGGCCCAGAAUUCCUAGCGAUGCCACAGAAGAACCAUUCUUGGUUCCUCAAAGCAGCUUUCAAUGAACAGCUCCUAAAAGAACUGGCUUUUCAAGCCUGAAGAACAUUUAAUAACCUAAAGAACCUUUUGUGCAAAGGAACGGUUCAGUGGAGGUUAAAGGUUCAUCAUGGAGCCACAGACGCAAAUAAUGGUUUAUUAUAAUGCUUUAUUUAUAAAAGUGUUCCUUAAAUGCAGUGUCAGUCACUUUAGAAGGUUACAUUAAAAAAAUUUAAAAUGUUAAGUUAAAUUAAAAUUAUUUUUUUGUGUGCAUGUUUUCCUGGUUAGAUUGUGGUAAAAGUAUUAAUGUGUUUUAUUAAUAAAUAAAAGUAGUAUUAAAAUGUAAAUAUAAUUUAUUA